UCUUCUUCUAUAAAAAGAAAACCAAAAGAAAAAUAGAAUAGUCUCCCUUGCUCAGAACAGAAGUGGUAUUUAGGACAUCAUAAAACACUCGCGUCACCGCUCCUCGGGCGCCUUCAAAAUCAACCCAACAAGAAUAAACAAUAUACAGAUCCUAAAUUCCUCAAUUUUUCAAAACCCUAAAAUAAUCACAGUCAAUUCUCCUAAAAUGGUGUUCUUUAAGUAGGAAUUGGGAUUCGGGAUCGCCGGAAUUUAAUUGAAGAAGGGGUUGUUAGGGAGAUGGCGGAAUUAGGGCAGCAGACGGUGGAUUUCUCGGCGCUGGUAAGCCGGACGGCUGAGGAGUCGUACGCGACGUUAAAUGAGCUGGUGGAGAAGUGCAAGUCCUCUGACCUCUCUGACUCCGAGAAGAAAAUUGGGAUUCUGAAAUACAUAGUCAAGACUCAGCAGCGUAUGCUCCGUCUCAAUGUCCUCUCCAAAUGGUGCCAGCAGGUCCCCUUGAUACAAUAUUGUCAGCAACUUGCAUCAACUUUAUCUAGUCAUGAGACAUGUUUCACCCAAGCUGCAGACUCAUUAUUUUUUAUGCAUGAAGGACUACAACAAGCUCGUGCUCCCAUUUAUGAUGUUCCUUCGGCUGUUGAAGUUCUUCUUACCGGAAGUUAUGAGCGUUUGCCAAAAUGUAUAGAAGAUGUGGGCUUGCAGAGCAUAUUAAAUGCCAACCAACAAAAACCAGCAUUAAAGAAGUUAGACGCACUUGUUAGGUCUAAACUCCUUGAGGUUUCACUUCCUAAGGACAUUACUGAAGUCAAAGUUUCUGACGGUACUGUUCUGCUCCGCGUGGAUGGAGAAUUUAAGGUUCUAGUUACCCUUGGUUACCGAGGACACCUGUCAAUGUGGAGAAUAUUACAUAUGGAGCUGCUUGUCGGUGAGAGAAGUGGCCCUAUGAAGCUGGAUGACUUUCGGCGGCAUGCUCUUGGUGAUGAUUUGGAACGCAGGAUGGCUGCUGCAGACAAUCCAUUUAUGACCUUAUACUCCAUCCUGCAUGAACUUUGUGUGGCACUUGUUAUGGACACUGUCAUAAGGCAAGUGCAGACACUUCGUCAUGGAAGGUGGAAAGAUGCUAUUCGUUUUGAGCUCAUAUCUGAUGGUAGUACUGGACAGGGUGGCAGUUCUGGCUCCGCACAAAUAUCACAAGAUGGGGAGUCUGAUUCUGCUAGUUUGCGUACUCCUGGGCUGAAGAUUUUGUAUUGGUUGGAUUUGGAUAAAAACUCCAGCACAUCCGAAAUUGGAACAUGCCCAUUUAUAAAAAUUGAACCUGGACUGGAUCUGCGAAUUAAGUGUCUUCAUAGCACAUUUGUCAUUGAUCCUCUGACAGGAAAAGAAGCGGAAUUUUCCCUUGACCAGAGUUGUAUUGACGUUGAGAAGUUGCUGCUUAGGGUUAUAUGCUGUAAUCGCUAUACUCGUUUGCUAGAGAUUUAUAAAGAACUCGAGAAAAAUGGUCAGAUCUGUAGAGUUCCUGGCGAUGUUCAGCUUCAGUGCCAUGUAGAAGAUAUGCUUGCUGAUUCUCGGAAGAAGGAUAACAAGUUUGACAGCAGGGAGUAUCAGGGCCAGGAAGUCCUGCGUGUACGUGCCUUUGGUUCAUCAUUUUUCACCCUUGCAAUAAACAUAAGGAAUGGCCACUUCAUUCUUCACUCUUCCAAGAAUAUUAUAUCAUCAUUAGUGGUUGUUGAGUGUGAAGAAGCCCUAAACCAGAGAAGUAUGUCAGCAGCUGACGCUUUUAUUAGCUUGAGAAGCAAAAGCAUUUUACAUUUGUUUGCGUGCAUUGGGAGGUUCUUAGGUCUUGAGGUCUUUGAACAUGGGUCUGCAGCAGUUAAGGUGCCAAAGAGCAUUUCUUGUGGUAUAAAUUUGUUGCUUAUGGGUUUUCCUGAAUGUGGAAGCUCAUACUUUUUGCUGAUGGAACUUGACAAAGAUUUCAAACCUGUGUUCAAAUUGCUAGAAAGUCAGUCAGAUACACCAGAAAAAGCUCAAUCUCUUGUUGAUCUGAGCAACGUGGUUCGUGUAAAAACUGUUGACAUCGGUAGGAUGCAGAUAUGUGAGGACGAGCUCAAUUUGAGUCUUCUCAACAGCAAGAAACUGCUAUCAAUUUUACCUAGUGAUGGUGGCAGUCACCAAACAUCUGAAAAUAGUCUUCUUGCUGAUUUCAGCUUGGAAGGAUCUAUAGUUUCUUCCAGUGCGCCAUCAACAUUUUGUUCUAUUGUUGAUGAAAUAUUCGAACUUGAGAAAGGGUCCUCUGUCCCUUCUUUCUCCGGUCAAAUUCCCCCGUCAACAUUUGGUGCUUCUCCUGCAUCUCAUUUGGGCUCUGGUGUUGCAAAUUAUCAGUGUCUUAAAGUUGGAACACUGUCCCCUAAGUGGGAUCGGGGAACAGGAAACUACAGUAGCUCCAUGUACAAGGGCGUGAUACAGUCAGGUUCGGCUGGUUCAUUAGCCACGGCUCCAGGAAGGAGUCAAACUGUGAAAAAGUUGACAGCUUCAAAGUCUGAGCAAGAUUUGACUUCUCUCAGAUCACCUCAUUCUGCAGGAGCUGGAUCUUAUACGUCAUUGGAUGAAGACCAGCUGACUGUAUCUACAAACCGAUCAGCUCGACUUCUAUCUCCACCACAACGAGCUUGCCCCCCAGCUUCUGCAUUAAGUGGAAAAGCUAGUGCUCCAAGAAACUCCGCUGCGGGAACUGUACCGGUUGGUUUCAGGACUUCUGAGUCUAACUCAUUGGUUUUAAGUCCUGGAUCCCAAGCAAUAGAUUCAGCAACAUGUCCCCAGUCAGAGCAAGAUGCAGCUUCCAGAUAUAACAUUUUACCAAGGAAGCGUACAUUGUCAGAUUUGUUGGAUUCACUUCCAUCACUUCAAGCAAUGGAGUCCAAUGAAGGAUCAUAUAAGCGAAGGAAACUUGUGGAGUCUGCUGGCACUCAUUUACCUAAGUCACUGAUGCUUAUUUCUUCAGAUAUUUCUGGUAAAGCUGAAGAGUAUAGCUAUGGCAGUCUUAUCGCUGAAGCUAAUAAAGGGAAUGCACCUUCUAGUAUAUAUGUUUCUUCCCUUCUGCAUGUAGUCAGGCAUUGCUCACUUUGUAUCAAACAUGCCCGGCUUACGAGUCAGAUGGAGGCACUUGAAAUCCCAUAUGUCGAAGAAGUGGGUCUUAGAAGUGCAUCCUCAAACUUAUGGUUCCGAGUUCCAUUUGCCAGAGAUGAUGCAUGGCAGCAUAUAUGCUUGCGGCUAGGUANCCCAGGGCUGAAUGGAAUUGAUUCUAACUUUACUGGUUCUCAACAAGCAGUUGGAUUGACUAACUCAAAUAGUUUAAAUGCUGGUUCACAACUUCCAGCUGCAAAUACGAACAGGACUAAUCUCUCUAAUUCUACUGGAUUAGUUCGUCCAGCAAAUGCUGUAACUGGUUUCAACCGUACUGCAAAUGGCCUACCCGCAGCAUCGAACUUAGCAGUGGUGAAUGCAGGGAUGCCUUUGCGCAGACCACCUGGUACUGGUGUACCUGCUCAUGUCAGAGGAGAACUAAAUACUGCAAUUAUUGGCCUUGGCGAUGAUGGAGGGUAUGGUGGUGGAUGGGUUCCUCUUGUUGCUCUCAAGAAGGUUCUCAGAGGCAUUCUAAAAUACCUUGGGGUGCUGUGGCUCUUUGCUCAGUUACCGGACCUUCUGAAGGAGAUUUUGGGAUCAAUUCUGAAGGAUAAUGAAGGUGCAUUGUUGAAUUUGGAUCAGGAGCAGCCAGCCUUACGCUUUUUUGUGGGGGGCUACGUAUUUGCUGUUAGUGUUCACAGGGUUCAGCUUCUCCUGCAAGUUAUUAGUGUCAAGAGGUUUCAUCAGUCGCAACAGCAGCAGCAGCAAAAUCCCGGAAGUGCCCAAGAGGAAUUAACACAAGCCGAAAUAGGAGAAAUAUGUGAUUACUUCAGCCGUCGUGUUGCAUCAGAGCCAUAUGACGCUUCUCGUGUUGCAUCAUUCAUUACACUUUUGACGUUACCUAUUUCAGUUUUGAGAGAAUUCCUGAAACUCAUUGCAUGGAAGAAAGGGUUGUCUCAAGUGCAAGGGGGUGAUAUGGUCCCUACACAAAAAUCCCGUAUUGAAUUGUGUCUUGAGAAUCAUGCUGGAUGUAGUAUUGAUGGUAGCUCAGAAAAUACAUCUGCUUCCAAAAGCAACAUUCACUAUGAUCGNGGGGGGGGGGGGGGGUGUGUGGAACAACAUGCAUAA